ACAAUCUUCACUGUCCUCACUCCCCACAUCAAAUCCUGGCCGUCAAAUUUAUAUCCUUUACAGGUAUAUAGCCCACAGAUUGUAUACAAUAAAAUCGCUCAUAUUCACUUUCUAUUUCCCUCACAAAACCCUCAUUUCACAGCUCACAAGAAUUCCACCGAUUAACAACUUUCGUUGCACAAAUCACAGUUUCGUUUUCGUUGGAACUUCUAAUUUGGGAAUUGAAUCGGAGCUCUGUGUUUGAUAUGGCCGAACACGCAGAGAAUUCGGAUCCGAAAGGAGAGUCGUUGUUGGAUAAGAUAACGGAGAAGCUUCACGGUGACGAUUCUUCGUCGUCGGACUCAGAUUCCGAGAAGAAAUCAGCGCCUCCGAAGUUAGCUUCGCCGUCGUCAAAUAAGGCCAAGAUUUGGCGGCUGUUCGGUAGGGAGAAACCGGUUCACAAGGUCUUCGGUGGCGGAAAACCUGCUGAUGUAUUCUUGUGGAGGAACAAAAAAAUAUCUGCCUCAGUUCUUGGUGGGGUGACUGCAAUCUGGGUUCUCUUUGAGUUGGUUGAGUAUCAUCUGCUCGCUCUAGUUUGUCACACUUUAAUCCUCACGCUCGCAGUCUUGUUCUUGUGGUCAAAUGCUUCAAACUUUAUUAACAAGUCACCUCCACGUAUCCCAGAAGUGCACAUUCCUAAGGACCCAUUCCUUGAAGUUGCUUAUGCUAUAAGGAUUGAAAUUAACCGAGGUCUUGCUAUGUUGCGAGAUAUUGCUUCUGGGAGAGAUCUGAAGAAGUUUCUAGCUGUUAUUGCUGGUUUGUGGGUGCUCUCAGUUGUGGGGAGUUGGUGGAAUUUCUUGACGUUGCUCUAUAUAUCUUUUGUGUUGCUGCACACUGUACCUGUUAUCUAUGAGAAGUAUGAAGACAAGGUUGAUUCAUUUGCAGAGAAAGCAAUUGUUGAGAUCAAGAAGCAGUAUGCCGUGUUUGGUGCCAAGGUUCUGAGUAAAAUUCCAAGAGGGCCAUCAAAAGACAAGAAGAGGGCUUAGAGAAGUUGAGGUACUCUUUCCUCUUGUUAGAGAUUUAGGUGGCAACUAGUUUUAGGAUGUAACCGGCUUUUUGUGUAUUUGUCUCAGCCAUGGUUUUAUGAUGUUUUCUGCUGUUUUUUGUGUUUAGGUUCUCAAUUGGAUGAAUUUGGAAUUUGUCUGUAAGCUUGAUAUGUUGUGUGAAUAUUUUGUUACUAGCAGCAAUGGCCUGCUCACCAACCGGAUGUGUUUUGGUGAUUACUUUUAGUACAAAAUGUCCUCAGUGCCUUGUACAUGGGUUUUGUACUUAAUUUUAAUUUGUUUGCAGAUUUUUGGAUGGUAUUUGUCUAUUUUUUAUGUGAUGGUGAAUUUUGCCUAUAAAAA